AUGGACGUUCUCGAUGAAAAGGACGAGCAAACGUUGCAGACAGAAGCCCGAUUGAAGGCCCCUCUCGUGUGGGAUUCGCCAGAGAGUUGCUCGAUUAAGGACCUGCACCAGACGCGGUACGACGAGGCUCUGCGUUUGAUCAAACACCACUACUUUCGCGAGGAACCUAUGUGCAAGGCAUCCUCGUUGCUGCGGGACCAGUCAUCCGUGAAUGGAUACAUGGAGCUCAUAAGAACACGAAUGAAGGACACAACGAGUCUGAUCGCUGUCAGCGUUAACUCCGGUCGCGUGAUCGGAGUCGCCGUCACGAGGAUCAACAGCGACCAGGAGAAAACGAACACUUACAGCAGGCACCAAGUCCUGGAAGGCGAGACCCUUCAGAAGAUCGUGCAUCUGAAGAACACGUUGAUCCAGCAAACGAACGCUUACGAAAGGUUCGGCCACGAUGAAUAUUUCCGUAUAUACAUUCUCUGCGUGCACCCGUCUUAUCACGGGAAAGGUAUCGAAAUCGCGCUUCUGAAUGCUUGCGUGCAGGUAGCGAGAACCUUGAACAUGCCUGCGAUAGGUGGCAUAUUCACGUGUGGCGCAAGCCAAUCCAGAGCAGAGAGCGUGGGCUUUCAGCUUCUGUCGGAGAUACGGUACAGCCAGUGGAUCAUCGACAACCGGGUCGUGUUCGAUGAUCCAGGCAGGGGAAACUAUUCUGCAGCCUUUAUGGGCAUGUCCAUAACGCUCGAAGAAGACCCUAAGGACGAUGAAACGUCCGUCGAUGAACUGGAGAAACGUGACUUGGAGUGA